GCUUCUACAUCGCUCUCGGAUGACCAAGACACACUGUAAAUACCCUGAAAACACACUACGCUCGAGAGGUCUUUCCAUUCAAUUGCAUCACGAUGGCCCCCAGGCGCCCCCAGCGGAGAGCGAUCCGCACGGCGGUUGACCCUGCUCUUCCCACACCCGAUCAGUCGACAGAGACAACACCGGUCAGCUCGGCUUUUCCAUCGGCGUACCCCUCCGAGGCGGAGAACGAGAGCGACGCCGAGGAGGGAAUUCUCUCUGCGCCGAUGACCCCCCCGGCUACUGGUGCCGUAGUACCACAGACCCCGCCUAAGAAGAGACGGAUUCCCGAGAAGCCUUUUCGGUUCCUGGACCUGCCUUCAGAGCUGCGCGUCGAGAUAUACGCACUCCACUUUGAAGGGAUCGACCAAGUCGUCGACCUGGACUCGGACAACUACAAGCGCGUCCACAAGAAGUUGGCGAUUUUCCGGACGUGCCGGACCAUCUACCACGAGGCUUCGCAUGUGUUCUACAGCACCCAUACAUUCCGCAUAUUCCCCACGCAGCCCGGGCGAUUCUUCAAGACGAAGAAACCCCUGCUCGCCCGCCUAAACACGAACCAGCGCCGGUCCAUCACCUCGCUCGAACUGCGCCUCGGCCCGGGCUGGAACAGGCCCCCGCGCGGCUGGGUCGUGAACGCGGCGCUCGGCCUGAGCGAGUGCGUCAACGUGCGCCAGCUGACCGUCUUUGUCGAGUGCGACCCGAGCGACAGCGUCUUCAAGGGUUUCCGCAAGGCGGACGGCUUCUACGAGACCUUCUCGCGGAACCUGCUGGACGACGUCUUGGCAGAGAUGCCGUUUUUGGAUCGCGUCCAUUUCGACGCCUGGAGCAGCGUCAAGAAGACGGGCGCCAUGAUGACGGGUCUCCUCGAGGUCGCGAGGGCCCGUGGCAGGAAGAUAUGCUGGGGUCCCGAGAGGGGGUGGAGUGAGGACGAGGAGGAGGACGAGGGGGGCCAGCGGGACCAGCACGAGCAGACAAUGGCGCAGCUACAGGCAGCCAUGGCAUUUCUGGGCACCACGUAAGAAGGGGAAGGAUGGAUAUAUUUUGUGUCAUGUGUGUCUCG